AUGUCUCCGACGCCAUCGGGUUGCACCGUCAAGGACGUUCCCCCAGCAGAAUUUGUCACCACCUACGCCGCCCAUCUCAAGCGCGUUGGACAGGUCGAGCUUCCCUCAUGGGUAGACACCAUCAAGACCGCCCCGCGUAAGGAGCUUGCUCCCUACGACCAGGAUUGGUUCUACGUCAGGAUCGCCUCUAUUGCCCGUAAGAUCUACAUCCGAGGCGGCAUCGGCACCGGCGAGUUCCGCAAGAUCUACGGCGGCCGCAAGCGCCGCGGCAUGAAGCCGAACCGCAGUUCAAAGGCGUCCGGCGGCCUCAUCAGAAACGCUUUGCAACAGCUUGAAAGACUCGGUGUCAUCGAGACCGACGCCCGUGGCGGCCGCAGACUCACAAGCAAAGGCCAAGCAGAGAUGGAUACCCAAGCAGCGCAGUGUCUCAGCGUCAGCGCAUAACGAGCUAAUCGCAGAUCUUCGGCUCGCGACGCUGGUCUUAAACAACCCCUAAUCGUUUUGCAGAUAUGUUCGUACCGUCGUGUGCUGAAUAAAAAAGCUUUCGGCUG